AUGAGUGUGUUGGGUUGCACGCGCUCCGCCGACGGUCCGCGCCACUGCGGUCCCUACGCUAAUCAGCUGAUGUCUGAGGGUGAAGAAGCGUAUGGAGCCAACGGAGAAAACACCGACAGCUCUCUGACCACUGAGCAGAAUGAAAGCAUACAACAUCUACAAGAAAUAUCUGGUUCGCUUGAUCGGGCCGCUGCUCAUAGUCUCUUGGAAGAAUGCAGCUGGGAUUUGGAACGCGCUGUAAAUAAAGCCCUUGGACUCCCCGACCCCUUAGAAGAACUCCCCCAUGUGCGCCGUCGCGGUAAUGUCAGGACGGAGAAUCCACUUCCUUCAUGCCGCCUAAUCAGCGUGUGCUGCGAGUUGCCGACAGCCAACCCCGUGGAUGGUGGUGGGCGUUGCUACUACUUUUCGAACCGUUCCGUCUUACAUAUCAUUUCCUCUUCAGUGUUGCGCGGUUUUUCAGUGUGGGCGCCCUGGCAGUAUCCCAGCCCUCGUACAACCAUGACCUACACAACUAACAAUACUCUAAUGCCACAUCAGCCGUCGCGUGGUGCCAUCAGCCGGGUCGCCUUACUUGCUGCAUACAGCAGGGCGGUUUCACGUUUUCCGUCUUCCGCCCUCCCCCGCCCAAAUUUGAAUACUUUAUCCGCAGGUGUCAGCUCUAGGACUGACCGUUUUGCUCGCCCUGCAUCACACUCGGCUGCAGCUUCUACACGUCCGAGCUCAGUUACAACCCUAAACACUUCGAAGUCUGUUUUCAAACCCCGGAAGCCUGUCUAUUUAGCCACUUUCAAUGUUCGCACACUGAAGCAAGCAGGUCAACAGGUGGCUCUUGCGCGUACGUUGGAUUCCCCCUGUAUUGAUGUAUGUUGUCUGUCAGAAACAAGGACGCAGGACGCAAGUACUGUAAUCGAACUGACUGCCCCCUCGCUCUCUUCCAGGUUCCGACUGCGCACCUCUGGUGAUGCAGAGGCCGCUGCAGCUGGAUAUGCUGGGGUGGGUAUUGUAUUGAGCGAACGAGCGAAAGCGUCUCUGCUUGAUUGGAUACCCGUUGACAGUCGCCUCUGUGCGGUUCGUUUGGCAACAUCGGUGAGAGAAUCUAGAGGAAGUGAGGUUCAUCGCACCUUGUUUAUUGUUUCUGCUUACGCCCCAACUGACUGUAGCUCUGAAUCUGCCAAGGACAGUUUCUAUGACGCUCUAGGUGCCCUUCUACAACAGGCUAAAAGCUCAGAUAUCGUUGUGGUUGCUGGUAAUAUGAACGCCCAGCUAACCGACGUCAAGGGUGUUCGUGUUGUCAGUUUCUAUCCAGAUUUCCGACUGAAUGCUGGAGAAGUCACCGACCCAGUGGGUGAUGUCCAGCGCUUCAUCGCAUAUUUCAAAUCUAACUACAUGAACAAUGGUAAGUUUCGGAGCACAGAAGGUGCGUCCCCAUCCUCCUCUCGUCCGGAUUUCCCUCCCUUCUACGAGGGUAGCUACGCGCAAGCUUUACAAGAGGCCAAGCGUAGCCUGCGGUUUCUCGUAGUCUAUUUGCAUGGUGACUCACAUGAGGACACCAGGACUUUUUGCGAAGUUUCUCGAACGCUCAGGGAACACACCUACCCGUUUAUUGGAGUCAUCGGUUUGACCAAUCUAACGGUUCCCGAGUUUGGCCACUUCGCGAACAGUACAAUUGGUAUGGCUCUGCUUGGUCGUAUUGAAGGAGCAGUGCAACCGAUCGAUUUGAUACAACAAUUGACCUCAAUCUUCGAGGAACACCAGGGAGCAACCAUCGCAGCGCGCUUAGAUAGAAGGGAACGCGAGGCCGCAGCUCGGAUACGAGAGGAACAGGACUUGGCUUACAAACAAUCACUCGAACGUGACCGGGCCAAGUUAGCCGCUCGGGAGGAAGAACAGCGGAACGCCGCCCUUGAAGCGGCUGAGCAAGCUCGAUUAAGACGGCGACAGGAUGCGCUUAAACGGGCACGGGCGAAUCGCCGAACAAGAUGGCGUGUUUGUCUUCCACCAGAACCCGAACAAAACAGUCCUUCGACAGUUCAGCUCUCCGUUAAACUACCCAACGGCCGAAGAGUGCACCGGACGUUCCGUAUAUUGUACUACUUUAUACUAUCGCACGACGAUGCUCCGGAGAAUUUUGAGAUACAGGCUAAUUUCCCCAAACGGCUUCUCCCUUGUCAACCUGAGCAAGAGUCUGACCUUGAAGAUUACAUUGACGGAGAGGAUGGGUCCUCUCCGGAUGCAAGCUGCCACGCUUCCACGGCACAACAUUCGAUCCCGUUUGACACCAAGACUGGUGGCUCAAACAUCGUUUCGGAUUGGUCUCCACACUCACCUACAGACCCACCAACUUUCCUACAACUGGGCUUGUCUAAACCUGAAGUAUUGUUUGUGAUUGACAAGGAUGCGUGAGGUGAACCCUUCUGAGUGGGCCAUCGGACAUGUGCGUGCCAUCCCUGCGGGCGUUCAUUAACCCCUCUUUCGGCGCUCUGUUGUCUCUUUUUCAUUGAUGGUUGCCCGUGCAUGUCGAUAAAAUUGAAGUUGCUGAAACCACCGCAUUCCUUGUUCUGUUUUGUUUUUUUCUUUUCAGUUUUCGCGUUAGUCUUGUUGUCCAACUGACAUUAGAAUUUGUUUCCAAACACUUGGAAACAUUUCCACUUUCUUUUCAUUUUCACUUUGUUUCACCCUCAACCAGUAUGUUAUAGGUCACUCGUUUUCACAUAUCCCUCUUCGAAGAUCCAUGGGCCGCCUUGUUUUGUCACCCUGUAAAUGGAUAAUGCACACACCUCCCUGUUCCUGUUGUAAGGCUCCCUAAACUCUAAUGACGCCUUUUUUCAUUCAAUACUCACUGGUCC